ACCGAGCGAUGGCACGGAACUGAUCAAUCACGUGCAAUGCGACCGAGGUCGCAAGGCUUUGAGAUUCCGUGUGGGUGAUCCGGACCAGCUUGCCAGAGAGGAGCCCAAGCUGAAGAAGGCAUUGGGCAACCCUUUGAUACCAGUUCCGCAGGAGGAGCCGUGCUCCUACUACGGCGAAGGCAAGUCGCAGAGUUCACGGCCAGGCAAGCCUUGCCUACCACCUCCGCCGUUCUGGCCGUACACUGGCGUAACGGAGUGGAGGACAGAGCUCGGCAGCCGCAUUUUAGCCGCUGUCACACCAACAGAGGAGGUGUCGGAGGCCAGGUGCGGCGGCUACUAUUUGUUGGGCGACCAAACCUGGUGCAACAAAGCCUUCGACGGCAGCCAUGGCUAUGGCCAAGUUGGGCUGUCCUUCGGCAUCGAGGAACGUGACAUGUGGGGGGAGUUGGUGACGCAGAAAUUCCGGCUGCCGGUACAUCUCUAUGAUUGCUACAUACCGCUUGAAAGAUCGCCGCCAAUGGCCGGUACGUCGCCAAACAACUCGCAGACCUGCUUGAAGGAUCUUCGUGGCGAGCCGAAGCUGGAAGCUAUUUGCUACGGGGCAAACUACCAUCCGCACCGUAGCUGCCUGGCCGGUCAGGACAUCGUGGUGGAGAGCCGGCAUUUCGUCACGUUGGAGGAACAGCUGAAGGGGUGGUCCAAGCUGUCUGUCCACUUGAAGAUCGAUGUUGAAGGCUCGGAGUGGGACGUGCUGGAGUGGCUGAUCAGCAACCCUGCUGAGUGGGACAAGGUGCGAACUCUUGACAUGGAGAUACAUUUUGGCUUCGGCUCUGCAGCGGAGUUGCCGCAGUACAAGGCCCUGAGCUUGCAGGAGAAGCUGACUCGCCAGGUGUCAAUCAUGGAAGGUCUCCGGAAGAGGUUCUUCUGCACAGGGUCCACACUGGAAGUCUACCGACAAGGGUGGACCCCACAGGACAACUGUGGCGUGGAACCAUGUGGCGAGCCUCCAGUCUACCUGCCAAAUGGCUUUUCUGUGACAGCAUUCGCCGUGAGCUACGUGCACAAAGAGCUUGUCGACGUGAGCUUGGAAUGA